AGCUCUUCUAUCGGGCGUCUCGCGAAUUUUCUUGUUGCCACGAAGCUGCCGGCGCAUUUAUUUUCAUAAAUUUCGUUUUGUUUUUAAACUCGUGCGGUCUUAAACAAAACAAAACUGAGUGCAGGUAAUGUGCAGCAUUGAUGUGUGCUUAAUGUACAACGCUGUAUGUGGAAUUGCGUGUAGUUUUGUCCGCUAAAAAGUAACGUCGCAUCGACGCCGUACACCGGCAUUUGGUUCGUUGGCUGGCUUUGUAAACCCGAAGCCACUAAACCGGCCAUGACUGUUGUCGAUACAGGCACCUUAGCCGGCGGAGCGGCAUCAAAGGCAAAAGGUCUGCUAACAUGGGAAAAGCAAGAGCAUCUCGUCAAAUUGGCAAUACUUAUAUUAGCCGCUGUUUUAUCGUUCGCCACACGUUUAUUCUCAGUGCUGCGCUUCGAAAGCGUGAUCCAUGAGUUCGAUCCAUAUUUCAAUUACCGCACCACGCGGUUCCUUGCCGAGCAAGGCUUCUAUAAAUUUCACAAUUGGUUCGAUGAUCGCGCCUGGUAUCCGCUUGGCCGCAUUAUUGGCGGCACCAUUUAUCCCGGAUUAAUGGUGACAUCGGCGGCGCUCUACAGACUGAUGUGGAUGCUGAACAUAACAAUUGAUAUACGAAAUGUGUGCGUAUUUCUGGCGCCAUUCUUCUCAUCGCUCACCACACUGGUCACCUAUGCGCUGACCAAGGAAAUACACAGCACUGGUGCUGGCUUAGUGGCUGCUGCUUUGAUAUCCAUUGUGCCCGGCUACAUAUCACGAUCAGUGGCAGGUUCAUAUGAUAAUGAAGGCAUUGCCAUCUUUUGCAUGCUCUUUACCUAUUUCCUAUGGAUAAAAGCGGUCAAGACGGGCACAAUCUUUUGGUCUGCUAUGUCAGCACUUGCCUACUUCUAUAUGGUAUCGUCAUGGGGCGGCUAUGUGUUCCUCAUCAAUCUGAUACCGCUGCAUGUGUUAGCGCUGAUGAUCACUGGACGCUUCUCACAUCGCAUUUAUAUCGCCUAUAGCACGCUGUAUUGUGUGGGCACCAUACUCUCCAUGCAGAUAUCGUUUGUGGGCUUCCAGCCUAUUCAGAGCUCCGAGCAUAUGCUGGCCCUCGGCGUCUUUGGCCUUUGUCAGAUACAUGGUUUUGUGGACUAUCUGCGCUCUCGCAUGCCCAAGGAACACUUUGAGCUGCUCUUUAAGACACUCGUCUCCAGCUUGCUCAGCGUGGUCGUCAUUGUGGGCACGCUAUUAACGCUGACGGGCAAAGUGUCGCCAUGGACGGGACGCUUUUAUUCGCUGCUGGAUCCAUCGUAUGCCAAGAAUCACAUUCCAAUUAUUGCCUCAGUGUCGGAGCAUCAGCCCACAUCGUGGUCGUCGUUUUACUUUGAUCUGCAGAUACUUGUGUUUCUGUUUCCCGCUGGCCUUUACUUUUGCUUCUCCCGGCUGACGGAUGCCAACAUUUUCAUCAUAUUGUAUGGCGUCACUAGCAUCUAUUUCGCUGGCGUUAUGGUGCGUCUGAUGCUAGUGCUGGCGCCUGUGAUGUGUGUGCUAUCGGGCAUUGCCAUCUCGCAUCUGUUGGCGAAAUAUAUCAAGAGUGUGGACACGGGCAGCUCAAAGCCAGCAACGGAAAGCAAGCGACAGCACAAGAAAUUGGAACAACAGAGUGGCGGUGUCAAGAGCGAAGUGGCUAUUGGUUUUGUGGCCAUUAUAACUGUUAUGCUGAUUGUUUACACAUUCCAUUGUACCUGGGUCACCUCGGAGGCGUAUUCCUCGCCCAGCAUUGUGUUGAGCGCACGCUCCCAUGACGGCGGUCGCAUUAUAUUCGAUGAUUUUCGCGAGGCUUACUAUUGGCUGCAGAUGAACACCCCUGAGAACGCUCGUAUUAUGUCCUGGUGGGAUUAUGGCUAUCAGAUAACGGCCAUGGCGAAUCGCACGAUACUUGUGGAUAACAACACUUGGAACAAUACGCACAUCUCUCGCGUCGGCCAGGCGAUGGCUUCGUCCGAGGAGAAGGCCUACGAGAUUAUGCGUGAGCUCGAUGUGGACUAUGUGCUGGUUAUAUUUGGUGGCCUCACUGGCUACUCAUCGGAUGACAUUAACAAGUUCCUGUGGAUGGUGCGCAUUGGCGGAAGCACCGAUCGCGGUGCCCACAUCAAGGAAAAGGAUUACUAUGCGGCCAACGGCGAGUUCCGUGUGGAUAAAGAGGGAUCUCCCACACUGCUCAAUUGUCUCAUGUACAAGAUGUGCUACUAUCGCUUUGGCCAAAUGUACACGGAGGGCGGAAAGGCGCAGGGAUAUGAUCGUGUGCGUGCGGCAGAGAUUGGCAACAAAGACUUUGAGCUGGAUGUUCUAGAGGAGGCGUAUACCACAGAGCAUUGGUUGGUGCGCAUCUACAAAGUCAAGGACUUGCCAAACCGAGGCGUCUAAUGCAUUCCCACACACACUAUCUCCCUCUCUUCUCCCCUCUCUCUCUCUCACUCCCUCUUACUAUCUCGCUCUCUAACGAUAACAUUCGCAAAACAUGGAAAAUCUCUUUCUGUAAUUUGUACAUUCAUUAAGCUUAGCUCUAAUUUUAGGUCCACAAAAUGUAUGUAUACAUAUUUUUUUUUGAUAUGUUUUUUUAACGAUGAAAUCUCAAUUUGAGUAUUAUUGUUGCUCUCACUCUUUCGCUCUCUAACACACACACACAUGCUCCAUCUCUGUCUAAUUUGAGAGACUUUGGUGGCACUUAAAAAACAGUUGCGUCUAAAUGAUUCCGAAUUGUGCGAGGCAACACUUAGAGUGCAUAAUCCUAAACAAAAGAAUGAACAAAUAUAAAUAUGUAAAAACAAACA